GUGGUGGUCACUGAACCGGUCUGCUCUGCUCUUGUGUUCAGUCGGUGCAGAUGUCUCUGGCGCAGCGGGUCCUCCUCACCUGGAUCUUCUCGCUCCUCUUCCUCGUGCUGCUGGUUCUGAAGCUGGACGGGAAGGUCCGCUGGAGCUGGUUCCUGGUCUUCCUGCCCGUCUGGGUGUUUGAUGGCGCUCUGCUGCUGAUGCUGGUCGUGAGGAUGGCGGGCCGCUGUCGGACCGGGCUGGACCUGCGGCUCAAGCUCUGGUAUCUGCUGGCUCUGAUGAUGAAGGUGGGCUUCUGUGUGACGCUGUGUGCCCGGCUGGAGCAGCUGACCCACCUGAGACUGCUGAUCGUGUGUGUGCCGCUCUGGACACUGCUGACUGGAGCCCUG